GCUGAUUUUCGGUUACGUUGGUGCUCUCGCCGUUUGCACUACACAUAAUUGAUAUUUUAAUAUAUUUCAAUUAAAAAUAUGUUAAAAUGCACAGUUUAGUGAGACAAACAGGCCGCUUAAGCUGUUGGUUACCAGCAGCUCGAAUUCACACAUCUGCCGUGCAGCGCGCAUUCUGGGAGCGCGAAAAGAAAUCCGGCUACAAAACUAAACUUCCGGAGCCCUCUAAAAAGGAGCUUAUUGUAAAUGGAUUACGAGACCUGAAAGAAGAAAUAAAACUGUGGCGCCAGGAGGUAAAGGAACAGUUGGAAAGCGAUCCCAUAUUGGUAUUUAGACCCGGCGAAACGGAUAUUGUAUUCGAUUUCAAAGCUCCCGACGUUCUUGAUAAAUGGACCGUGACAACAGAUGCAGAUCACGGUGAAGGUAAAAGCAGUGCAAAGCUCGAGUUGAGCGCAGCAGGUGCAGGACUUUUUCACGGCGAAGUUAACUCGCAGCACACUAAGGAUGGUGUCAUCAAAAGGACCGGAUAUGCAAACAUACGCACUAAGCGUGUGCGGAAAUCAUUCAAACGAGAAACUACCUACGACUGGACGCAAUACAAUAUGCUUGUGCUAAAGGUUCGAGGAGACGGACGUAGCUAUUUGAUUAAUUUGCACACUGAGGGAUAUUUUGAUCUCAUGUGGAAUGAUAUCUACCAUUAUGUGCUAUACACCCGCGGUGGUCCACACUGGCAAAUAGCCAAAAUACCCUUCUCCAAGUUCUUUUUAUCCUCCAAAGGUCGUGUACAAGAUCGACAGAAUGCAAUACACUUGAAUUGUGUAACGCAUUUUGGUUUCUCAGUUGCGGCCAAGAAGGGCAUGGACGGUCCAUUUGGCUUGGAAAUCGAUUACGUCGGAGUUGAAUUUGAUCCUAGUCAUCGCGAGGAAUUUGCCUACGAAAUGUACAAGACACCCAAGUAUAUAGUAGCCACGUAAAUCAAAUGUUAUUUAAUUGUACAGUCAAAAUAAAUUCAUUGCGUUUUCGUUCAAAAAA